GGUUUGGGCUUAGCGGUGGCGGCUUGGAUCCAAUGGAGAAAUUCGGUGCUCGACGCCAAAGAUGUUGUCGCGCCGACGGACGCUUCCUUCGUUGCUGUGGACAACCGCAGCCAGAUCUACAGAAAUGACCACUUUCUUUCUGCGGAUGAAGUCACGUGCCCUUGGCUUUUUCAGAGGAGAUCAUGGAUUGAUGAUCACUCAACCUAGCUUGCUGCAUCUACAAUAGAUAGAUUAGAUUAGAUUAGAUUAGAUAAGAUAGAUAGCCCUUUAUUGCCGUCAAUGUUCAUAACCCAUGAACGGAUGGUCCUGUGACAAAUGUCCAUCUCUAGCAACGGGUUUUCUAUGGUUUUCUGCCAGCAGCUAUGGGCGAUUUUCAAGGCCCCCAAUGAUGGGUGAUAGCCACCCUUAGCCACCCGGCAGAUAGCCAUGGUUGGUCGAUUUUUAGUGCCACGGCAGAUGGCCAUAGCAUGCCAUAGCCAUCGCAGGUACCUGCUGCAGUUCAUCGACCACUUGGGUGGAUGGGGAAGUAGCGAUGGGAUGGAUCAGGUGGAAUUGCCCGUGGAAGGCUACGUUGCAGGAGCGCGACGAGAUCCCAUCGUCGCGCGGCUGGAGGAGCGGAUCGCCAAUCACACAGGCAUCCCGGUUCAUCCCCACGAAGACAUUCUCAGCAUCUUUCGAGUUUCUUCCCAUGGAGGACUUGGCGACUUGAACAUCGCUGGCACUCAUUGGACUAUGGUGGACUCAUGGGAUUUGGCACCGGACUCUCCACGUGGUGGUUUCUUUCCACCCUUCGGACUUCACCAUGAUUCGCAUGAGCGGCCCCACCGAGCAUGGACGCUGAUGGUCUAUCUGCAGCUGCCUGACUCCGGUGGUCGCCGGAUCUUUCCCUUGGCCGGGCGGCCUCCCAAAGACGGAGAGCCAGCCGAGCGGCAUCGGCAAUUCAUGGCGGCGCUGCAGGACCUCUUUGGCGGCGCGGAGCGGAACUUCUCCCGCCGUGCCUUCUUCGAUGUCCAUGCGGAGCAUCCCUUCAUGGAUCUCAUUGAAGAAAGUUGCCGUGGUGAGUAUGGUGUCUCCUUUUUGCCCAUGGAGCCUGGUGCUGCAAUCCUGUAUCCAUCGCACAGCCGAAGUUUGAGGACAUGGACAGCUGGCUGCAACGUGAUCAAAGGCACCCAAAUCGUCCUGCAGAAAUUCAAGGAGUAUCCACUGGAACGACGUGGACAGGAUGAGCCCAUUCCGCCAUAUCAACCCUUUGUAGAGCAGUGAUGCUCUCACAUCGUUCACCAAUGCCCUCGGAAAUUGCCA